AUGCAGAAUAAUAAUAGACAGCUCGAUAAGAUUGCGAAAAGGCGGGCAGCAGACACGAAAUACCCUAGGUUGUUUGGCUGUUCCCGUUCAACCUAUUACAGAAGGUUGAGGAAAUUAAAAGCACAGUUUAUAAAGAAGUGUUGGUUACCGAGCUGUGACGAAGAGACAGACAAUCCAGUUGUCGUUACAGAAUCGCGUACUACCGUAGCUACAGAGCAGUGGGCUAAUAUUGUCACAGAUACAGCUACUGCUUCAUGUAGUUACGUCCAGUGUUCAGACAACACAAUCAGUGGUAGUAUCUGUUUAAUUAUUAAAAAUUUAUAG